GCUGCUCCACAUCUACAGCUCGCCUUGUCACCGCCACGCCACGCCAUGCCGGCGCCGGUGGCCAUAAGGACUCCUUUUCGUUCAUCUCUCCCUCUCUCUCUGUCUCUGUCUCUCUCGUUCCUUUCCCAUUUUCUCUCGGUUCGGGCUCUGCCGCCGCAAUCCACCACACUCCAGUCCAGCAAAACACACCACCGUAGACCCUCCCCUCCCUUUCGGCCUUUGUCUCCACCGCACGAUCGUAGCAUAGGCUCAUAAUCAUAGUUGUUGCUUUUCAAAGCAUCAGACAAAGCUUUUAUCCUCUCUGUUUCUCUCAUGCUCUCUGUCUCUCUAUCCCAGUAAUGCGCGCGCACACACACACACGCAUUGUCCCUCUCUGUCCGAGACUCCCACGACCACUCGGAGGACCGUCGCCUCACCCGCUAACGGGAACGCCCAGGACAAGCUACAGAACUCAAGACGCCUCGAUCAUCCAGAAAUUUCCACUCAGUACUGUAAGUGGUUCUAUGGACUGACCUUAAAAAUGAUUGUUGAUGGAAUUAUGAAAUUAUGUUCUGUGUGGCCGUGUGUGUGAAGUGAUGGAAUUAUUAUGCAGUUGUGAUGUAGAUGUGUGUACAUGGGCUGUCAUGUACAUAUUUUUGUAAGCAUGGUGCUAGCGGGCCGCCAGCGUUUACCGCUGAGCAUUAAGUUUGAGCGGCUAUACUAGCAUUUUCUGUACGUGUGUACACACCAAUAAUGUCGUCCGAAAAGAAAGGUCAAAUGAUAAAAAAUGACUUUUUAAUUGCAAUGUACGGCUCCUAUUCUAGCUUUCGUGAGCUGAUUUUUUCACCAUCUGAUGAGAGGCUGCUGCUACCUAACCUUUAAAAUAUACGCACCCUUUCCUAGUCAAACCAUGCAAUGCGGAAACGUUCAAUUAGGUGAUCAGCUAUGCUGCUCCACCAUGUAUGAUUUUACCACUAAAUAAAUAGAAAUACUAAGUUGAUUAUUGUAAUUUUGGUGGUUUUAUUAUUUAUAUAUAUCAUAGCAGAUAACAGUGUGAAAACUUCUUAGGAAGCACUUCCUCAGUUACUUUGUCGUUGAAAAGAGGCCCAUCCAGGGCUAUCUGGAAAUCUUGUAAUUGGUCUUUCCAUGAUUAAUAUCUCCAUAGAAAGUAAUUUCAGUUUCACAAUGUUGAAGGAGUCAAUAAAACUCUGCAACAGCAGGAAGAGGUCAUGCCAACUUAACUUUUGUGAACUGCUUUCCUUGUCCUUGAGAUCAUGGCUCACGAACCUGCCCAAGUUAUUGAAUUGAUCUUGUCCCAGGAAAACAACUUAGAUUAUCUUUCAACCGACAUCUAAGAAUUUACUAUUUGCAUCUUGUAAUCUCUAACAAAAAGAGUUUUGCUAUUUGCAAGCCUGAUGUGUAACGCACAAAUUGUUAUGGAAUCCAUAAAGUUAUAAAAAAAAUUAGAACACCAAUACUUUUCUAAUUCAAUGGUAAAAACUAGAAAACACCAAAUACUUUUUUAAUUUUUUUUAUACAUUUGGGAGAGGGGGGGGGGUCGAACCCAUGAUCUCCAUUUUGGAGAUGUGGGUGUUGUGCCAUCAGGCCACAGGCCGUUGGCAAAUGCUUUUCUAAUUCAAUGGUGUGUCAAAUGUGUCAAUAAGUUUAUAGAUUUUUGCCUGACAAAAACCCAACAAAUUUCCAGAUGUGUCAAAAAGCUUUUACUUUUCUAAUCUGUUUCUGUUGUAGUUUCCUACUUUCUAAUGUGCAGUAGGUAUUUUCUUUGUAUACUUCCUGUGUACUUGCACUGUGCCUAUUCUUGGUAAUAAGUUCUUAUUAAUUAUAAAAAAAAACUUUUCUGCUACAAACUCAUUUUCUACAUGAUCUUCUGGACGUUUUUGUAUCCCCUACAUCAUUUGACUUGGUCGAUAUGAUACUUGCCUCGGAUAAAUCAAAAUGAUAAAGAUGAAGACUUGUGGGGUUUCCAGGAGAGGAAAAGUUCUAUAUAAAGGACCAUUAUUCCCAACCUCUGGAGUAUCCCAGUAUCUCAUCUACAAAAAGGAAAAAAAAAAAAAACCCAUUACUUCUAAAAACCAAAAGCCAAUUGCAGCCAUGAAGAUUCCAUCAACUUCACACGUCCACAUGCUGUCAUACCUUGUCGUGUUGUUGCUUCUCCCCUUGCUUUCCUUUGCAGCCGACCCCGAUUCAUUACAGGAUUUCUGUGUGGCAGAUCUGAGUGCCUCUAUAUCAGUUAAUGGCUUCCCUUGCAAACCUGCCUCAGAAGUAACUUCAGAUGAUUUCUUCUUUGAUGGUUUAACCAAAGUUGGUGACACAUCAAACAUCUUUGGCUCAAACGUCACUGGAGGUAAUGUCCUUACUUUUCCUGCACUCAACACGCUUGGGAUUUCAAUGAACAGAGUGGACUUUGCUCCGGGAGGAGUUAAUCCACCCCACUCUCACCCUCGUGCAACCGAGAGCGGCGUGAUCAUUGAAGGGAAGCUACUUGUGGGGUUUGUGACAACUGGGAAUGUGUAUCACUCUAAAGUCUUGACUGCUGGGCAGAUGUUUGUCAUUCCUAAAGGACUUGUACACUUCCAAAAGAACGUUGGAGUAGGGAAGGCCCUUACCAUUGCGGCUUUCAACAGUCAGUUACCUGGGGCUGUGGUCCUUCCCUUUACUCUCUUUGCUUCAACACCCUCGAUUCCAGAUGAUGUUCUAACGAGGGCCUUCCAAGUAGAAGAAAAGGUUGUCGAAUCUAUAAAGUCGAAGUUCAGUUCUUGAGCUAAUUAAGACUUUCCACUCCAGAUAAUCUCCCCUUUAUCUGAAAAUUGUGUUGUAGUAAUGCUUUUGAUUUGAGGUUGCCUGCCUCCUAUUCUUGUGUUGUUAUUCUUUGUGUUGAUUCAUUUUGUUGAUUUAAUGUUCAAUUCUUGAAAUGCUUGUGUUGUUA